CCGCUGGGCGGGGUCCAGGGGCCACCUGGCCAUCGAGUCCCUCCCCCAGGAGCCCCUGCUGCACACGUGGCGCUGCUCAAGCAGGAGCUGGGAGCAGACUUCUCGCUGGCGGCGCCCUGCCUCCCGCCGGGCCGGCUCUGCGCACGGGGCGAGCGCUUCCGCGUGCCGGCGGCCCCGCCGGCCAGGUUCCAGGUGGAGGUGCGCGUGCAGAGCACCUCCUUCGGCUCCUUCGAGCAGUGGGUGGUCUUCGACUUUGGCCGCAGGCCGGCGCUGCUGCGGAAGCUGGUGCUGCGGCUGGGCCAGGCGCAGGGCCCGGGGCUCCCGGGGGGGGGGGGGGGGCCGGCACGCGGCCGCCCCGAGGCGCUGCAGCGCUGGCACGGCGGCAGCCGCCACGUGGUGCCUGGCGUGGAGCGGACCGCCGAGCAGGUGGCCCUGCUGGCCAAGUACAAGGUGCCUGACCCGGCCCUGGACUUCAGCCCCGGCGGCCUGGCCCCAGGUCCCAUCUCCCGCACCAACUACCGGCAGAGGGUGCACCAGUUUCUCUACGAGGAGGAAGCCGUUCGGCAGGAGCUGGUGGCCAAGCUGAACUUCCGGGGCCCGGGGCCCCUGAGGACAGUACUGGAGACGCCGGCCCUGGGCAUGGUCUUCCCGCCGCCGGAGGCCCUCUAGGCCGAGGUGCCCACGCCCUCCCCUCUGACGCCAGACACAGACCAGGGCUUUCUGCUGAGCCGGGCGGUCCGCACCGCCCUGGUGGCCCCCGUGCCCGCCCCUGACGACACGGUGUUCGAAGCGCGGCUGGAGGCCCAGGCCGGCUCGGAGAGGGCGCUGUGGCUCUGCUGCGCGGCCCUGGGUCUGCAGCCCGACACCAGCCCCGUCCUGGAGGUGCAGUUCCAGGCCGACCCGCUGACCUUCCGCUUCUGGCACCAGGCGGUGGACGCGCCGCCUGAGGAGCGCCUGGUGCUGCCCCACCUGCCGGCCUGUGAGCUGCCGCGCCCCCUGCCCGCCCUGCCCGUGCUGCGCGGCAACCAGAAGCAGAAGUUGGCGGUGGCGUUCGUCGCGGGCAGCAGCCCCAGGGGCGUGCGGCCCGUCGCCCUGCUGCUGCUCUACGGCCCUUUCGGCACCGGCAAGACCUACACGCUGGCCGCGGCCUCCCUGGAGGUCAUCCGGCAGCCGCACACCAAGGUGCUCAUCUGCACGCACACCAACGGUGCGGCCGACAUCUACAUCGAGGAGCAUUUCCAUGGCCACGUCAGCAGCGGCCACCCUGAGGCCACCCCGCUGCGGGUGAUGUACACGGACCGCCCACCCAGCCAGACGGACGCGGCCACGCUGCGGUACUGCUGCCUGACGGAGGACGGCCGGGCCUUCCGCCUCCCAACGCGGGCGGAGCUGGAGAGGCACCGCAUCGUCAUCACCACCACCUCCCAGGCCCGCGAGCUCAGGGUGCCUGCCGGCUUCUUCUCGCACAUCCUCAUCGACGAGGCCGCCCAGAUGCUGGAGUGCGAGGCCCUCACCCCGCUGCGCUACGCCACGCCCCGCACCCGCGUGGUGCUGGCCGGCGACCACAUGCAGGUCGCGCCCAAGCUCUUCAGCGUGGCCCCGGCCAGGGCCCAGGCGGCCGGGCACACGCUGCUGUACCGCCUCUUCCAGCACUACCAGCAGGAGGCGCACGAGGUGGCCCGGCGCAGCCGCGUCAUCUUCCACCAGAACUACCGCAGCACCGAGGCCAUCCUCAGCUUCGUCUCGCGUCACUUCUACGUGGCCAAGGGCAGCCCCAUCCACGCCAGUGGCAAGGUUCCUCGCCACCCCCAGCACUACCCGCUCGCGUUCUGCCACGUGGCGGGCAACCCUGAGCGUGACGUGUCAAGGACGUCCUGGCUCAACACAGCCGAGAUUGCCCAGGUCAUCGCCAAGGUGCAGGAGAUCUAUGCCUCCUGGCCCCACUGCUGGGGCCGCCGGGAGCAGAGGCACAUCUGUGUGGUGUCCCACGGCGCCCAGGUGAGCGCACUAAGGCAGGAACUGAGGAAGAGGGACUUGGGCCAGGUGUCCGUGGGCAGCUUCGAGGUCCUGCCAGGGCGCGAGUUCCGGGUGGUGGUGCUGAGCACCGUGCACAGCCCGCACAGCCUGCGGAGCCCCGAGGCCCCUGCCCUGGGCUUCUUCACGGACGCCCGCGUGCUCAACACCGUCAUGACCCACGCCCAGUCCCAGCUGGUGGCUGUGGGUGACGCCGUGGCCCUCUGCUCCUUCGGGGCCUGCAGCAAGUUGUGGAAGAGCUUCAUCUGUGAGUGUGUGAAGCAUCGCAGCGUCUGCCCCGAGGGCCUGUCGCUGGGGCACAUCGAGCAGGCCGUGGUCCACAGGCGGCACUGGGCCCUCGGAGCAGAGCCAAUGCUGUCAGCUGUGGCGCAGGGCACUGUCCCCCAGGAGGGGGCAGCCGAGGGCCCAGCUGCAGCACGCAUAGCCGUGGAAAAGGUGGAGCCAGGGGCGGUGGCCAAAGGCGGUACCUUCCUGUCCGGGACCACGGCGGCGGGAGACACGGCCACACAGGCGGCAGAGGCUGGGGAUACAGCGUCGGGGUCUGCGGCCGGGGGGCGCCCAGCGGCGGGGGACACGGAGGUGGAGGACACGACAUCAGCAGAGAGCUCAGCAAGGGUCGACGUGGCCCCCGGGGAUGCGGGAGCAGGGCUGAUGGCCACGGAAGGCAGGGACCCCGAGGACCCUGAGGACUCCGAGUCCGACUUCUGGCCUGACAGCGAGCUCAACGCCGAUGACUCCAUCCUGCAGGAGCUCCUGGACGAAGGCCGGAACGUGACGGUGACCGUCCGGGAAGAUGGGCUUCUGGACACCGUGGCCAGGUCCGAGUCCCCGCACCAGGCCUGGGGGUACACGAACCUGCCGCGGGCCAAGCUGCAGAAACUUCUCCGCUCGCAGCCCGAGCUGUACCGCCACUGUGCCUUCGUGCAGGAGACCUUUGAGCGGGCGACGGCCGUCCCGCUGGACGGCGUGGACCCCGGCCCCAUCCAGGUCAGGGGCCGCUUGCGCUGUGGGAUGGCCUUCAGCGGGGACGAGGUGCUGGUGGAGGUCCUGGGCGGAGACAGAGGCGCCUCAGGGAGGCCGCAGGGCCGCGUGGUGGGCGUGCUGAAGAGGAAGCACCGGGAGCUGGUGUUCGUGUGCCGCAUGGACGAGUGGGACCCCCGCAUCAUGACCCCCAUCGACGGCUCCGUGACGAAGAUCUUCGUGGCCGAGUUGAAAGACCCCCUGCGGGUGCCCAUCCGCCGCGUCCUGCAGGGCCGCGUGCAGCGCGUGGGGCACGAGCGGCUCACCGCCGAGGCGCGGAGCAGCCGGCUCUUCCGCGUGCGCAUCGUCCUGUGGCGGCAGCGUUUCUACUACCCGCUGGGCAUCGUCCUGGAGGUGCUGCCUGAGGCCAGCACCUGGGAGCGGGGCCCCCGCGUCCUGGACCUGGAGCACGGCCCGGGGGAGCCCCCGCCGGAGCCGGCCUCCGCCUGCAGGGCCUCGAAGAAGCACCGGGCACCCGGCCGCCGGGAGGACUGCCGCGGCUUCCUGACCUUCACCGUGGACCCCCGGGGCGCCCGCUACCUGGACGACGCCCUCAGCGUCCGAGAUCUGGGCCCCAGGUACGAGGUGGCCGUGCACAUCGCCGACGUGGCCAGCUCUGUCCCCAGGGACGGGGCCCUGGACGUGGAGGCCCGCAGGCGGGGCACCACGUUCUACGCCCCCGACCGGGAGCCGGUGCCCAUGCUGCCCGACAGCCUCCGCCAGGAUGUGCUCAGCCUCCUGCCGGGCCAGGACCGCUUGGCCAUCUCCCUCUUCCUCACCGUUGAGAAGGGCAGCGACCAGCUCAAACGCCCGCGCUUCGCGCCCUCCGUGAUCCGCUCUGACCGCCGGCUGUCGUACGAGGAGGCCGAGCGCGCGAUCGAGAGGCACCCGGGUGCGGGCCGGGAGCUGCCGGCCCAGCUGGACUCCGUGGACGCCUGCGUCGCGGCCGCGUGCCACUUGUCCCGGGUGCUGCGCCGGCGCCGCCUGCAGGCGGACUCCCACUACGAGCAGCCGACCGAGGACUGCGCGCUGGGCUUCCGUGCGGCCCGCGUCGUGGUCAAAGAGUACAUGAUCCAGUUCAACAGCCUGGUGGCCGAGCUCCUGGUGAGCAGCGAGCGCACGCGGACGGUCACGCCGCUGCGCUGGCAGCCCGCGCACGACGGCGACCGCCUGGCGGACCUCGUCACCACGGACGCCGUGCACCCGCCUCUGGCGCCCGUGGGCCCCGACCUCCGCAAGGCCGGCCGCUCCGUGUUCGGCCGCUCCCGCGAGGGCGGCCGGCCAGUGGCCGGCCACUACGCGCUGCAGGUGGACCGCUACACGUGGGCCGCCUCCCCCAUCCGCAGGAACCUGGACGGGCUGCUGCAGCGGCUGACCCUGCGGGCGCUGGGCCACGGCGGCUCCGCCUACUCCGCCCGGGGCACCGGCGGGCCGUGCCGCGACUUCAGCUACCGGCGCGGGCGCGCCCAGAGCUGCCAGCGCCGGGCCCGGAGCCUGCACCUGGCGGUACAGCUCGAGACCCAGUCGCGCAGCGAGCUGGGCUUCGUGGUGGACGUGGAGGCGGGCGCCCGCUGCUUCAGGCUGCUCUUCCCAGCCGACCGCCAGACCCUGCCCGACCCCUGCCCUAUCUUCUACCGCGCCCUGCAGCUGGCCGAGCACCCCUGCUGCCUGGCGAGGCGGCCGGGCCUGUGGCUUUCGUGGCGGCGCCACGUCUACUCGGUGCAGGAGGGCGGGCCGUGCUGCCCGCCGCCCGGCACCCUGCUGGACCCGCACGCCUGGCCUGUGGACGCCGACCCGUGGCAACAGCUGCCGCGGCUGGUGGAGGAGCAGCGGUGGCCCGAGGCGGCCGCCCUGGUGCAGGAGCGAGGUGCGGCGGAGCCCCCGCGGCGGGAGCUGGGGCGGGUGCGGCGCAGCCACUGUGGCCACUUUGUGGAGGUGGCCCGGGAGCUGGGCGCGGGGGACACGCUGCAGGUGCAGCUCAGCGCCAGCCUGCAGCACGGGUUCCUGGCACCGACCCUGCAGCUGUGGACCGUGGCCCCCGGCCUCACCCUCUGCCUGGAGCACGUGGAGAGGCCAGGCGACUGCUUCUCGGGGGAGGGGGGGGGGCGGGACCGGUGUUCGGACGUGGGCGAGCACUGCCGCGUGUGGGGGCCCUUCUGCCCCCUGGAGGCGGCCACCAGCGCCGUCUCGGAGAAUGACUCGGUCACGCUGCAGCACGUGCGUGUCUCUUGGGAGCGCACGUCGCAGGGGCGGCUGCGGGGCGCCUUCUGCCUGGAAACCUCCUUCCUCAGCGAGCACUGUAUCGACCUCAGCUCCAGGCACUGCUACCUGUGCGUCCGGCUCGAGGGGCUGCCGGCUGGGCCCGGUGCCGGACCCGGCCAGCCUCCCCCGGCCGCCCCGUCGUCCUCCGGGCCCAGCAGCCUUGGGCCCUUCCUGAGCAUCGACCCCGACACGUACACGUGGGUGGCCCACAGGCUGACAGAAGACUGGGACCUGAGAGAGAGCCAGGCGGACCGGCAGGAGAUCCCCAAGCGGGUGCACUUCUCCAUCCAGCACAUGGCCAUGGAGAAGGUUCCAGAAGAGGUGCUGAGGCCCGGCACCCCAUUCACCGUCGAGGUGCUGCCCAAGCAGCUUCCUGACAUCCGCAGGGAAGAAGCCGUGUGUGGGCUGAAGGACGCGUCCCCGCUGGUCAUCAGCGUUGCCCUGGGCCAGCCCAUCCCUCCGCACUGCCAGCAGACCCUGUGCCGGGGGACCUACGGCAGGCUCCUGGAGAAACAGACGUUCGACCUCCCCGGAGGCCGCCACACGCUGAACCCCAGCCAGAAUGGGGCCAUCAGGGAGGCUCUGAAGAAGCAGUUCACUGUGGUCCAGGGCCCUCCAGGCGCAGGGAAGACGGCGGUGGGCUUCCACGUUGUGUUCCGGUUUCACAAAUCAAGCGAGGAGCAGGUGGGGGCCUGUGCCCCCCCCCCCAGUGAGGAGAAGCAGCCGGGGGGCCCCUGCAUCUUGUACUGCGGCCCCUCUAACAAGUCGGUGGACGUCCUGGCAGGACUGCUCCUGAGCAGGAGAACGGAGCUGAGGCCCCUUCGAGUGUACAGUGAGCAGGCGGAGGCUGCGGACUUCCCGAUGCCGGGUGUGGGCGGCAGGCGUCUGCCCAAGAAGAGCCCCCGGGAGGGCAGUCCCAACCCGAUGCUCAGGAGCAUCACCCUGCACCACAGGAUCCGGCAGGCUUCCAACCCCUAUGCACCAGACAUCAGGGCGCUUGACGCCCGGCUGCAGAAAGGGGAGAUCUUUUCCAAGGAGGAUCUCAGCUGGUACAGGAAUGUCCUGGGGAAGGCACGGAAGUUCGAGCUGGACCGGCACACAGUCAUCCCGUGCACGUGCUCAUGCGCGGCCCUGGCCGGCCUCAAGAAGCUCGACGUCCGGCAGAUCCUUAUCGAUGAGGCCGGCAUGGCCACAGAGCCUGAGACCCUCAUCCCGCUGGUGAAGUUCUCGAAGGCUGAGAAGGUGGUUCUUCUCGGGGACCACAAGCAGCUGCGGCCUGUGGUCAAGAAUGAGCAGCUGCAAAAUCUGGGGCUGAACCGGUCUCUCUUCGAGAGGUAUCACACGGAGGCCUACAUGUUGGACAUACAGUACCGCAUGCACGAGGGCAUCUGUACCUUCCCGUCCAUGGAGUUCUACAAUGGGAAGCUGAAGACCUGGCAGGGCCUGAGGCGGCCACCCAGCAUCCUAGGCCACAUUGACAAGGAGAGCUGCCCUGUCAUUUUUGGCCACGUGCAAGGCCAUGAACAGAGCCUACUGGUGUCCACAGACGAAGGGAAUGAAAACUCCAAGGCCAACCUGGAGGAGGUAACAGAGGUGGUCCGCAUUGCCAAACAGAUGACCCUGGGCAGGACAGUGGACCCCAAGGACAUCGCAGUUCUCACUCCCUACAACGCUCAGGCUGCGGAGAUCAGCAAGAGCCUCCUGCGGGAGGGUGUCGCCGGAGUGACUGUGUGCUCCAUCUCCAAGAGCCAGGGAAGCGAGUGGCGCUACGUGCUGGUGAGCACGGUCCGCACGUGCCAGGAAGGUGACCUGGACCAGCGGCCGACUAAGAGCUGGCUUAAGAAGUUCCUGGGCUUUGUUGUGGACCCCAACCAAGUGAACGUGGCCAUCCCCCGGGCCCAAGAGGGGCUCUGCCUCAUCGGAGACCACCGCCUCCUGCGUUGUUGCCCUCUCUGGCGUAGAUUCCUGGACUUCUGCGAGGCCCAGCGGAGCCUUGUGCCCGCCAACCAGGUGCGAGUUCGGGAGAGGCCAGCCGUGUCUCCCUGAAGAGCCCUCUCCACCUGCCCACCGCUCUCAAGCUGCCAGGACUUGGAGGAAAAGACCGUGCCCUCUUCUGAGGGCUCCCUAGUCAGGCACCACUCAGGAGCAUCCCAUGUGCCUUCGGUGGGCACUGUGGCCACCCCGCCUAUCGGACUGGGUUUCUGAGGCCAACUUCUGAGCAAUAAUCUCCUUCUGGUGUCUUGGCCUCUCCCCAGGGCAGAGAGCAGGCCAGGCCCCACCAUACCGAUGUGCUGUGCGCCUGCACUGGGGAGGAAGAAUCCCUCUCUCCCUGCUGAGCCUUGCAUCUGGAAAUCUGGUGACAGGGGACAUCUCAGGGGUCAGGGGCUCGGGGAGGUCCUCUGGACCUUCUGGUGUUACUAGGAAGGCUUGGGGUCAGAAGGAAAUCCUGCUGGGGCUACUUUUUGGUCUUUGAACACCAUCCCUGAGACACUGGGCGCUGGCUGUGGAGCUCAGCUUUUCCUUUUUUCCCUUUCUCACUUCUUUCUUUUCUUUCUUCCUUCCUUUCCUCUCUUUCUUUCCUUUCUUUCUUCUUUCUUUCCCUUU